AAUCACUUCAAAUCUGCCAGAGUUAAAGACUCUAACCUCCCACCCUACCCCACGUCACCACACCUCUUCUCCAUUUCCCUCUGCUAAAAUACAAAUCUCAUAACCCAUAACCAUCCUUUUGCUUUUGAAUGGCACUCCCUGAAACCCAACAAGAAGCUGCUGAAACUGUCCCGGAUGCCUGGGACUACAAGGGCCGCCCAGCCCAAAAGUCCUCCUCUGGCGGCUGGACUAGCGCUGCCAUGAUUUUAGGAGUUGAGGCUUGCGAGAGGUUGACAACUCUAGGAAUAGCUGUUAACCUAGUGACAUAUUUGACUACUACCAUGCAUUUGGGCAAUGCUAGCUCUGCAAAUACAGUCACUAAUUUUCUUGGAACUUCUUUCAUGCUAUGUUUACUCGGUGGCUUUAUCGCGGAUACAUUUCUGGGAAGGUACCUGACUAUUGGCAUCUUUGCCACUGUUCAAGCACUGGGAGUAACAAUCUUGACAAUCUCAACGAUAAUUCCGAGUCUUCGACCUCCAAAAUGUACCCCAGGCAGUGAAUCAUGUAUCCCUGCUAGUGGGAUGCAACUAGUUGUUCUAUACAUAGCAUUGUAUCUAACCGCACUCGGGACAGGAGGCCUAAAAUCGAGUGUUUCGGGUUUUGGAUCGGACCAAUUCGAGGAUUCGGACAAGAAAGAGAAGAAACAAAUGAUCAAAUUCUUCAACUGGUUCUUCUUCUUCAUAAGCAUUGGAUCACUUACCGCAGUCACAGUGCUUGUUUACAUUCAAGACAAUUUGGGAAGGGAAUGGGGUUAUGGAAUAUGUGCUUGUGCCAUUGUUUUUGGCAUAAUUGUGUUCUUGUCAGGCACAAGACGGUAUCGUUUCAAGGCACUUGUGGGCAGUCCGUUGACGCAGAUCGCCUCGGUUUUUGUGGCGGCAUUGAGGAAGAGACACCGCGGGUUGCCUUUCGAACCUUCCGUUCUAUACAAUGUUGAUGAUACUGAAGUGAAUAGCAAGAAGAAGAAGCAAAAGUUACCACACAGCAUGGACUUCAGGUCCCAUAUUCGUUGGCCGAAGAAAUAUCGAGGACAUAUAAUUGUCUAGGACGCCUUUAGUAUACAACAGAACACAUUUAAACAUGUUUUUUUUCUUUUUUUUCUUCUUUUUCACUGUUACUUCCUCAGUCCUAUUUAUAUAGGCUUGUUUCAUUUUUCACGCAGAUUAAUAAAUCUUAUUUAAUGUUA